AAUUCAACUUGACAAACAUCAUUUGCGUUUGGUAAUAAAUUUAGAUGUGAGAUAUCAUGUCAUUGUCUCGCUAAGCAUUAGACAGUUAAAAAAGAUCUGAAACAAAAUAGAAACUGAAUGAUGUCGGAGAAUAUGCCAAUAUUUCAAGAUCUGACUGCAUGGUUUUCUGAUAGUGUUUCAACUGAAAGAAAGACAAAAUGGAAGGAACAAGGAGGAAAACAAGCUGAUUAUGACUCAGCACAAUUUAUAUUCAGUGAAAAUGCUGACAGUAAAGAUACAAAACAAAUAUUUCAGAGUAGUGCAUAUAGAGAUGAACACCUUGCUGUAUUCCAUGCAAAGUAUAUUUCUGAUUCUACAAAAGUGCCUACCCAGAAAAUACCAGUUGGAAAAUACUUCUUGCCUCCAAAAGAAAUACAGAAUUUGGUAAGGAAACAGAUGAAGUAUAUCUGGGAUGAUACAGACAGUGGAGUAUCUAGUGAGGAGGAUGAUGAAAAAACAGUUGGUGUUCAUAUUGGUGAAGAUACACAGCAUACAGGGUUAAAAUCUAAUAAAGACAAUGAUAGAAAGAAAAGUGAUGGACAAAGACUUGAUGGGAAGACAGACCCAAAGGCAACACCAUCUAAAAAAAGACAAAAUGCUUCAUUGUUAGCUAAUUCACCAAAGGAAAAUUCAAAAAGACAAAAUGAUUCUCAACUACAUAAACCAAAAUCAAAUACUAGUAGUGAUAAAAGAAAAUCAAAUGAAGAUGUGCAAAAUUACAGUUUCCGCAAAAGAACUCCAAAAAAUUACAGUGAUUUACCAUAUAUUGAUGUUGGUGAUAUUGUACUAGAUAACACUGAUAAAGGUACAAUGGACUCACAUGUCAAUACAAAUGGACAUUCUAGUCAGACCAAGAGUCAACAUAAUCAAGAUUUCUUCUGCAUUGAUGAUUUACCCAAAGUAACAAGUGAAAUGGAAGAUCUCAUACCUGGACAAAAUGGAUUUGAAGUAGUGGCAAAGUCAUGAAACAAAGUGUAGUACUUUAAGGACUGUAUAAUUGUAACUAAAAAAUUAAGCAAGGGAACAUAUCUGAUCUUUUUUUGUAAUCAUAUAUGUAAGUAAAGAAUACAGAGAAUUUUCUAAAGAACAGCACCCAUUUCAGUUUUAGAUUUUGUCACUUUCUGUAGUGAAACAUAUUUUGCCAAUAAUUUGAAGGAUAAACAGUCCAUUGUUGCAUUGAGCUUUCAAUGACUGUUGAUUCUGCCUAAAGUUUCAAACUAUACAUGAACAUUAAGUCUUGGUAGAUGAAAAGUUUUUUUUUGCUCCAACGUUUAUAACAUGUAACUUAAGUUGUUGGCAAAAAAAAAUAAAAUCCCUACCUUCCUACCCAACCAUACAAGGCAUGAAUAGACAACAUCAAACAAAGAAUUUGUUAAGGAUGGCCUUGCUAUGAGCAAUUUUCAUGUAUUCUUAAUACAGUGUAAAGUUAAUUGAACUAAGCUUCAUUUCAACUUUCACUAUUAUUUAAAUAAUUUUGGAGUUAUGUGACUUUAACUAGCAGAUAAGAUAUUUUAAUAGUUGACUGAUUUCAGUUAUUUUCCUUCUUGAAUUUGACUUCUGAGUUGUUGACCCCAUAACAUUGCAGUGCAGGGGACAGCCUUGAAAGAAUUCUCACAACUACAGUUCUUGCCAGACUUUUAUGAAAUUUAUGUAACAGGUUUAUAUCAGAUAUGUCUUCGACAAGUUUGAAAAUCAAUACCAAUCAAUUGUUUUUUUAAUGAGUAAUGCCUUUUGGAAAUAUAAAUUAUAUUGAAAAUUGCAUUGUAAGGACUCUCGAGCCUACAUUUCUUGUCAGAUUUAGAUAAAAUUUAUAUCAAAGGUUUAUAUCAUUUAAUGUCUUUUGUGAUUUAGAAAAUCAGUAUCAAUGAAAUAUUUGUACAGGAAAUAUGUCCCUUUGAGAUGUAAAUUUUUAUUGUCCCCUACAUAACGUGUUGCCGGGGACAUGGAAAUACCAGGCAUGUGUCCGCCCGUCCAAUUAUUUUAACAGAUCUUUUAGAAAUUUCUGCACAAUGUUGUAAUUCAUGAAGUUGAAGAAUUUUUUUCACUACAUGUAUAUUAUUGGUGCAUUUUAAGCACAAAUUAACUAGUUUAUAAAUACAAUACUUAUAAAGCGUAUGUUUUGAGGAAGACUUGGACUUGUUAUUUUACUGAAAUUUGAUCUGUCAACAUUUCUUUUAUUUCGAACUUUGAAGAAAAAAGACCAAACUUAAAUUAAAUAAAUGUUUAUGUUUUUUGAGAUUUUGGAAAUGAAAUAAAAGACCUUAAUUUCUUUGGUUUGUUGUUUUAACCUUAUUCUAAUAUACCUUUAGUAUUGUAUCCCAAUACAAAUAACACUGAAAGAUGUAGGGGCAAUAAGGCCCUUAUUUGGCCCAAAUAUUACUGCAAAUUUGAAAGUUAUCAUACAUAUUCUUAAAUUUGUCCAAACUAGACUAAGCUACAAGAUAUUCAGAAAAUAAAAACCAAUUUCAGGUUGAACGAGUUACCAUGGCAACAAACCAUGACUAAAUUUGCAUAUUUUGUAAAAUUACUUGAUUUUCCUUGUUUUUCAUCAAAUUUUAAGUAUAUUUUAGAUUGGAAAAGUAUUUGCGCACCCAAGAAACAACUUUAUAUUUGGUGAGAAUAUGUCAAUAGUUAUAAUAAAGCUUCUCUUAAAUUAUUUUGUUGUUUCUUGGCUGCGCACGAUGUUUCCACACUACAAAUAAUGUUAGAAAACUGCAUAAAUUCUUUUUUUUCAUCGUUUUUGUGAAAAAGGUAUAUAUUAUGACGUAAUUGUGAUGUCAUCAGAUAAAAAUCUUGAUGUUUUUCAUUUAAAUUGCUUGACCCUAUGCAUUUUCAAACAUUAUGUGCCAAAUUAAAAUAGUUGUCAAACAUUUCAUUUUCUUGGGCCAAAACCGGGCCUUAAUGCCCCUACUCCUUUGUUAAAUUAUUUAUAUAAUAAUGCAAAAAAAUAAUUUUGGAAUCACUA